ACAGAUCUCAUUCUGACCUUUAAUAUCUCAAUGCACCGCUCUUGGUGGAUGGAGAAUGGGCCAGGCUGCACCGUGACUUCAGUAACCCCAGCACCAGACUGGGCACCAGAGGAUCAUCGCUAUAUCACUGUCUCGGGGUGUUUUCUUGAAUAUCAGUACAUAGAAGUGGCUCACAGUUCUCUUCAGAUCUUCCUUGCACUGGCGGGCUUCAUCUAUGCCUGUUAUGUUGUGAAAUGUAUUACUGAAGAAGAGGACAGCUUUGAUUUCAUAGGUGGCUUUGACUCUUACGGCUAUCAAGGUCCACAGAAGACAUCUCAUUUACAGCUACAGCCCAUGUAUAUGUAA